CUGGAGGUGUGACAUCAACAGCAAUAAUGAAGGCAGCUCAUCAAUGGCUGGGCCCAAGGGCUAUAAAAGGAACUUGGGAGUCCGGUGCUUAUCAUAACUGAUAGGAGCAGUCCACCAAACCAGACUUAACUUUAUUAUACUGCUACAAAACUUUUACUUUUAUCAGACUGUGGAUAAGACACCACCAGAGGUCGUCAAGGUCAUCAUGCGAAGUCAGGAUUGUACAAUCGUGUUCUUUUCACUCUGCAUUUUGGGCCUACACCUCUCCACUGUCUGCGAAGGGCGCCCGAUGAGAAAAAGGACGGUGAGUGAGGUCCAGCUCAUGCACAACCUGGGGCAGCACAAGCAGAUGCAGGAGCGUCGGGAGUGGCUGCAGAUGAGGCUCCGGGGCAUCCACACCGCCGCGGCCCGGGCCAGCGGGGAGGCGGGCCGGACGAGGAGGAGGCUGCUUCCCGAGGAGCUGCCCGACCUGAGCGACUUGACCCCGGAGGAGAUCCAGUACGCUCUAAACCUGCUGGAGAAGCUCCUCAACUCCAAACAGUCGUGAUUUUGGUGGAUUGCGUUUGACAGUCGCAGCUGUCCGGCAACAUUUCCAGCGUCAUAGAAUUUUAGGCUACUUUCUAUUUUUAUAAUUUUGUUUGAAGAUGACUGAAUGUGUCUUUUAUUAGAAUGUACUUUCAUUUGAUU